AUGACAACGCCAAUCAAGCUGAACGUGGGAGUAGUUGGCAUUGGCCGUAUGGGCCAGUCGCAUGCUCUUAACCUGCUUCACAAGACACCUCGUGCUGAUUUGCUCUGCGCCUGUUCGCCAGCAGAGCAGGAUCUCAGCUGGGGGAGGGAGCACCUGGCACCCCAUGGGGUCAAAUUAUACGCUACCUUUGAUGAGAUGAUUGAGACACCGGGCCUUCAGGCCAUUGUCAUCGCCUCGUUGUCUGCUCUACACGCCGAACAGACAAAGGCAGCGCUCGACAGGGGCAUUCACGUCCUCUGCGAGAAGCCCGUCUGUACUACAGUGAAGGAGCUUGAGAAUAUUAUCCAACGUGUCGAGGCGAAUCCCCAAACAAAGCUGAUGGUUGGAUUUGUGAGGCGUUUUGACGAAAGCUACCAGGACGCCCUCGCCAAGAUCGAAGGAGGGGGGAUUGGAAAGCCACUUAUCUACCGGUCGCAACAAUGUGAGAAGGGAGAUACCGGCCCUUUCUUCAAGGGGUACCUUAGGAACUCUGGCGGUAUCUUUGUGGACUCAAUCAUCCACGAUAUUGAUCUCGCAUUGAUGUUCCUCGGAGGCGAUAACUGUAUUCCAAAGUCCGUGUCAGCGGUUGGAAUAAACGCUGUGCACACAGAUCUCAGUGAUCUUGGAGAUGCUGACAAUGCUGUGGGAACGUGCGAGUUUUGGGACGGCCAGUUUGCCUUCUUCUAUAACUCACGAAUCGCCGCGCAUGGAUACGACAGUCAGAGUGAAGUAUUUGGCACCUCUGGAAAGAUAUCGGUGAACCUCACGUCGCGAAGAAAUCGAGUCGAACUUUGUGAUAGGGACGGCUUCAUCAAGAGCGAUCCGACACCGUCGUGGUACGAUCGCUACAAGGAUGCUUUCGUGUCGGAGGUGAAUGGAUGGGUUAACGCGAUCUUGGAUGGAACACCGAUGCCCAUCCCUCUGAGAUCGUCCUUGACGAGCCUCGUAAUUGCUACGUCGCUGCAGGAGAGUCUCAAGACAGGCCAGAAGAUCCAGUUUGACCGCUCUGGAAAGCCACUGGAGUUGCCUUAUCUUAGAUUGUAG